AUGGUGAAAAAGAAGGCUGGCGCAUCAAAGCAGCGGUUGAAAGCUGAGCGCAGAGCAAAGGAAGGUGCCGCAGCAGAUGCCGAGCAGGAAAGGGAGGCAGCGGUGACGCGGCGGCUUCAGCAGAAGAUUGCAAAGCGGGUGAAUUUCUUGGAGAAGGUGGCUGCCAGCCGGCCGGCACCCAAGCUAGGGGUGCAGCAGGGGGGCACUAAGAAGAAGCGCAGCAAAGAUCGCGGCCCCGGACGGCUGGGAGACUUAUCCAACCUCACCGCCUCCUUGGCAGAGGCUGCCCAGCAGGAGGAUGUGAAGGCGGCAGCGAAGGCUGCAAUGCAGAGCAAGGGCCUGGGGGCGGGAGGGACGAGGAAACGACUGCGGCUGGUAGAGAGGGAGACCAAAAGACUGCAUCAGGUGCUGGCGCAUCCACAUUAUCAGUCAAAUCCCAUUGCAGCGAUCACCAGCCACCUGAGUGCCACGCUGCCGCCACCGCCGGAGGCAGCCAAGCCAAAGCCAGAUCCCGCCAUGAGAAAACAGCAGAAGGCGCUGCGGAAGUGGAAGCAAAAGGUUGAGGGGCCAAACGCUAUGGCUGAGGAUUCGGAGUGA